UACAUCCCCGGCCGGCCCGCGCGCCGGUCCCCCAGAGCGCUGUCGAGCGUACACCCUGGUGCACACGCCCCAGCCCAGCCACUCCAAAUGCCUACUUACUUGCUACGGGAGCCGAGUUGACAACAGCAGUCACACCGCCGUCAUGCAGCUCCCCGUCGUCACGCGCACCCUCCUCGUGGCCCUCGUCGCGGGCCUCGUGGCCACGACGGCUCCCCCCACCGCGCCCGCCCAACUGGACGCCGCCGCCCCCUCGGAGCCCGCCGCCGGCGAGGCCGCCGAGCACCGCCACCUUGGUACCGCCUGGAGCACGCUGUUCAGCGCGGAGGGAAGCCCCCCGCACCGGCGCCGCCACCACCACCGCGGCCACCACCAGCACGCCCCCGCGUCCUGCCCCAGCUGCGGGCUCCGCCGGGAGAUGCUCGAGGAAGGGCUCAACGACGAUCUGACGGCGCUCCGCAUCGAGUUCGUCAAGCAACAGAUCCUCAAGAAGCUCGGGCUCAAGGAGCCCCCGAAGGUGAACAAGCCGUCCUCGGUGAUGCCCAAGCCGCUGGCCCUGGCCGGUCUGGCGCUGCCCGUGCCGCCGCGCCGCCGCGAGGACGACAGCGAGGACUUCUACGGCCGCACCGACCAGGUCAUCCUCUUCCCCACCGACCAGGACGGCAAAAAGCUCGGCCAGUGUCCCGGAGACGAUGCCUCUCCGGCCAAGACAUCCUGCUUCUUAUUCAAGCUACCGCCCGACAUCCAGGCCGAGGAGGUGACCCAGGCCGACCUGUGGCUGUACCGGCGACCACUGUCCGCCGGCGGCGCCGACAACGUCACCCUGGCCGUAUCCGAGGUUGCCAACUGGGAUCUGGAUGAGAGCUUCCAGCGAAGAAGUGCCCUCGUCUCCGAGCCGGUCAUCGACAAAGAGGGCUGGGUGAAGCUGGACUUGGCGCGUGCGGUCAAGUUCUGGUUUCAGUACAACGAGCUCCUCAAGAUGGUCGAGGCCGCCGGCGUGCCCGUGGAGGCCGACGGCGCCUUCAAGCCGUUCCUGGUCAUCGCCACGAGCCCCGGAAACAAGGUUCGUCGGUCGAAACGGAACGCCAAGUGCGUCCCCGGGAUGGCCGAGUGCUGCCGCGACAACCUGUACGUGUCCUUCAAGGACAUCGGCUGGGACGACUGGAUUCUGCAGCCCCUCGGCUACGAGGCGUACUUCUGCCGAGGGUCCUGCACGACGGCGGCGUCCCUGACCAUCACCGGCUCGCACCACAACGCCAUAAUAAGGAGGCUGAUGCAGACCGGGAAGAAGGUAGAUCUGGUGCCGUGCUGCACGCCCACCAAGUACUCUGAGAUCUCGCUGCUCUACAUCAACAACAAUAACACGUACAUCCAGAAGACGCUGCCCAACAUGGUGGUGGAAGCCUGUGGCUGCAACUAACCCCGACCUCACCUGCAUGCCGUCGAAGUAUGUGUGUGCGUGUACGUGUUUUUUUUGUACUAAUGUAUUAUGGCGAAACUUUGUGAUAUUUUCUUAUAAUUUUGCCACUCGUGCAGCAAUAGACCAAUGUUAUAGUAGAAGGCGGGCGCAACUACAGCCCCGUUAAUUUCCAAACAGUAUUGUUUUGUAGUUGAGUGGUGGAGUGACCUGGAGUGACUGCGUAGGUUAAGUUCUGUGCUCUUUCAGCACGCCCUUGUGAUCAAGCUGUAGAAGUAGAUUAGUUUGGCUCGUACAAAGAGGAAACUUUCGGCGCACACUGGCAGACGGGCAAAAAACUUAGACAGAAUUCCCAGCUUGCAGAAACUCUUUCUCUUUUCUUUGUUGUCAAUUAAAAAAGAACAAACUUCACCCGCAUUGUAGAAAUUUUUCUACAAUGCACAGCAGUUACAGUGCUAAAACGAAACCACGUUUUUUUUAUUUUUCCUUUUUUGGGGGGGAUAAAAAUUUUGGCGGGAACAGUAGGUUCUGUUUGUCUCAGUAUCCUGAACACACCAGUGGGCUUGCAGUUAUAGCUGCAAGAACAGUUAAUAUUGUGAUUUUAGCUCUAGUAUUGUGAUUGAUACAAGUAGGGUUGUAUGUGAGUGUGUGUGUCAUAAAGAUGAUGUCUGUUGUGAGCAUGACUGUCAGACAAAAGAAAUGGAGUAUGAUUGACAUAAUUUGUAUUUGAAUGACUUUGUAUUCUGUGUGUUCUUUGUUGUGUCUUCUAUGUUUUGUGUAUGUUUUAUUUAUUUAUUUCAUAUUUAAGACUCAUAAGAUAAGGAAAUUUUGUAAUAAAAUUGCAAAAGAGUUCCAAAA